AUGCCCGAGAAAGAAAUUGAGAAGCAGCACUAUUUGAAGCAGCACAGCAAUUCUAAUUUCCCCAGUAUGUUUGGCAAGCAUCGCCAAGUAAGGCCAUUCUUCCACCAACGUCACUGGAGCCCCUUUGAUGAACCCUGGUGGGAUUAUCCCAUGUUUCCUCGUAUGUCUAUGUAUGAUCAUCCACUUAACUCGGGCAUUGAAACUAGUGUCAUACCUCAUGACACUCAGAAUGUUGCUGGCUUUUCAGAAGUUGUUAACAACGAAAAUGAAUUCAAGGUGCGCCUGGAUGUUAGUCACUUCAGAAUAGAUGAGAUCACUGUGAAGACUGUAGAUGACCGCCUUAAAAUCCAUGCCAAACAUGAUGAGCGCCAAGAUGAUCAUGGCUUCAUCCAAAGGGAAUUUACCCGACAAUACCUGCUGCCAAAGGACAUUGAUCAUGACACUGCAUAUCCCAAUUAUUAA